UCACUUGGCUGCGAGGCCUUCAGGAGGCAGUGGCUGGUGCUGCUCUGCUGGGGCUGCCGCUGUGCUCUUGAGGAGCUGCCUUGCAGGAAGGAGCCAAAGGCACUGGGAAGCAGCGUCCCCGCGUGGGACAGUUCCUGGUGACGAGUGGAGGAGGGCCGGAGCGAGAUGGAGGCCAGGAGUGCUCCCAUCCUGUGCAACGGCCGCCUCAUGUGUCCAACACUCAUGCACCUCCCGGACGACGGGAUUGUGAAAGUUUGGGAUGCAGUAUCCCACUUCAUCCGCAGGCAGUUCGCAUUGAACAAGGGCGUCACAAUACCUGGCCUGGGUGCCUUCUUUGCUGUUAAACAGGAGCGGCCCAUGGCAGGCUUUAAGCUCCUCGAUGUAAAGAUGCCCAUCUUCCAGGUUUCGGAGUACUUUGCCAAUGUUCAUGGACUGCCAUAUAAGAAAGAAACUUUUCCUGGUGUACCUCCAUUUGUUUUCCUGAAUUAUGCCUGGCUGUCCUUGGACACCGGCAUUCCUCGGGACACCGUGCAGCGCUGCAUUCAAGAGACCCUGCUCUUUCUCUCCUACACCCUCGCAAAGAAGCAGGGUGUUGAUUUCAUCUUCAAGGACAUUGGCUGUCUGGUCUUCCGCAAGAGCAGAGUCCAAAUGCAGUUUUCCUCGGACUUUGUUCACAACCUGAAUAGCAACGGCCAGCUGCUGAAAUCUCGCCUCAGUGUAAGUUUCUCACUGCACCAGCACAGCCCAGGGUUCCUGGGAAGUCCCCCGAGAGACCAUUGGGAGGGACUUCUCCUUCUGGGUCAGGCUCGUCUCCUGAUGAGGCACACGAGUCUUGCCCUUGCACAAAGCCAGGCAGUGAUUUACCAGGUGCAGGCACUCGCUGGGCAGCUUGUGCUGCUUGUGAGGGGGGGUGAACGCUAAGCACUGCGAGCUCUGCCCGUGGGCAGCUUUCUGCCUGAGCAGCCCCGACGCCUUCGUUGGCAAGGGCAUCCUUUCCUGGCCACGGUCUCACCCAGGACUGUCUCUCCUGCAGAGGACGGGGACCAUGGAUUUGGCCACACUGGAGAGGAAAAGCAUCGUCCUACAUCCAGCGUCUGGAGGUGUCAUCGUCUUUCCCAGGAUUGGCCUCUACAUACCUCGUGGAAGAGCUGCAGGGGAAGGGCCUCUUCAAGCACCCAAGGGGCGUGCUUUGGAAAAGAAGGGAGACGCAAGGGUGGAGGGAGAGUCUAAGAGAACAGGGGUGCCUCCUGCUAUUAAGAGCCAGCUGCUCACACGCCAGAGUCCUUCUCUACCCAGACUCUCCAGGGCGACUGGGGAGGCAAAGCUGGGCCAGGCUGCUGGGGAAAAAGAGCCUUCUCCCAGGCUGCGUACAGCACGUCAGGAGAGCUCCUCAAAGAUGGCAGAAGAGGGGAAGGGCAAGCGCUCUGCUGCGGCCUGGCCCCAAACUCAAGCCCCUGCCUGUGAGGCUCAACGGAGAGCAGGACAGGAAAUAUGCUGCCUGUACAGGCAAGAAGAUGAAAGAACUCUGCAGGCAUCGCUGGCUGAGGAGCAGCUGAAGAAAGAACGGGAGAGACAGCACAUGUGGGAAAAGUGCAAGGGUCGUGGCGAAAGGAAUGGGAGAGAGAGUAUCUGGCAGAAGACGCAGACGGAAAUGCAGAGGCUGCAGACAGAGAGUGCUUCCUCCAUGGCACUUGUGGAACUGAAAAAGUCUCUGCAGAUGGUACCAGUGGAUAUGAAGCAGCAGCACGUCCUCAUCCCUCACCCCCCCGAGAAGAAGGCUGAGGCAGCUCCUCUGAGCAAAUCAAGCACCAAGUGAGUGUGGGCCAACUCCAACAAAUGCCAGGAAAAGCUGAGCUGCAGCAGGCUGCCCGAGGGAUCCAGCAUGCGGG